CCCGGGUUUUUUUGUUGCAAUAAGUGGCGUGCGUAGUCGAAGAAGCAAAGAAUGAGGCUCUGCUGGGAGCUUGACUGAGUGGAGGAUAGCUCCGGGAAACACCUUGAAUCUCGCAUUCUACGACCAUGGCAGAAGUCGACCCGAACGCACGAUAUGUGCCGCUAGAAGGACUGUCUAUGGCGAUCGUGGUGGUGUCCUCGAUCUGCCUCGUCUUUUCGGUCGCGGCUGUGGCGCUACGGACGUACGCACGACUGCAGGACAGGCUCUAUGGCAUUGAUGACAGCCUGGUUGCGUUUGGGACGGUUGCCUACGUCGCAGACGUUGGUCUUGCCAUCUACGGCGCACACAUCGGAAUCGGCACCAUGAACUCGAAGCACAAUGCCUGGAUGAGCAUGGAGGGGUCAAAGGUCCUCACGAUCUGGAUUCUCAUAUACGUGGUCAGCCUCGCUACGAUCAAGUCGUCGAUCUGCGUGACAAUGUUGCGGAUCGGAAACACGAAGUCGUCAAUCAGAAUCGCUGUAUGGGUACUGCUCGCAAUUACCUGGGCUAGCUUCUCCGUCACGUUCGUCGGUGUUCUCCUGUUCUGCCGCCCCAUUGCGGCCAACUGGGACACGUCUCUCAUUCUUGAAGGGAAGGGCACUUGCGCAUCGAUGGACGUUAUGAUUGCUCUGAGUCAGACCGCUACCGCAAGCACAAUUGUCACAGAUGCGGCUUGUGUUGCCUUGCCGGCUAUCAUGCUGUGGGACAUGCAGAUGGCGCGCAGAGCAAAGAUUGGUGUCUUUCUGCUACUGAGCUUCGCAAGUUUAGCGAGUAUCACGACGAUUUGCAGGGCGCCGUACAUCAGCCAUUAUGCUAAUCCAUUGGACAACCUGUUGUUCUGGGUCGGUCAUAUCGUGCUUUUUUCCAAUAUCGAAACGGCGAUUGGUUGUGUCGCGUCUUCGGUCCCCACGAUCCGACUCUUCUACGUCCGCAGUAGAACACCCGACCCGUCGAGCGCCAAAUCGCCCACUCCGGUCAAUGGUUCAAAGUCCCUGGUCACAUACGGCAGUGAGCCGCUCCAGAAGAAGGCCCCGUCUAAGCAACGUGGCCUGUUCCGGAACCCCACGGAUCAGGGCCUCAGCUUCGCCACGGUCCAUGCGAAAGGCGAUUGGAAGAGGUUGCAGGACGGUGAUAGCGACAAGGGAAACCUUCUGGAAGAGAACCCCGUGCCAAAACGGGGCGGCAUCAGGGCUGAUUAUACGUACUCGGUUGAACUGAGUCCAGGCCCGAAACAUCGGGAGAGGAGGUUUGGUGACGACAGUGAACCUUAGCGAUAUGUACACAUAUUUUUAAAAGCGAAUCAGUUAAGAGCUUAAUGUCCUGAUCAUGAGAGUACUGGAAGCCCGUUACCUACCGAAUGUGACUGCUCAGUUCAGUAUUCGAUGGGCCUUCCACUGUCAAUAUAAAAUUUGGUAC